CCAUUCAAUAGAAAUUUACACAAUUGCUAAAUGACCUAGCGGUAGGUGUUUGAUAUAAAACAUUUUUACAUUUCUUUGCGAUGAUAAAUGUAUUUCUGACGGAUGACCCGAAUUAUCCGAGGUGACUAAAGCGUGACAUUGAUCUUUCGACAUUUCGUUAUUGUUGAUCAUCAUAUUGUAUAGCUAAUCUCAUGCAACCAUCACAAGUGGCGAACUUUUCUCGUGAACAUGUAGAAUUAAGUUAAAAGUUUCAAUUAGUGGAUUACCCGAGAAAUAAUUAUUCAUAAGGCGUUUUAAUUGUGUGAAGUUUGCCCGAUGGCAUGGGAAAAGAACCUUGUUCUCCUUACUCUGGUGCUAGCGUUUGCAGCGAUACAAGGCAUAGUGAGGAAGUUUGAUUGCCUCUAUCAGUAUCAGAAGCAUUAUACUGGUCAGAUCGCAGUGACAAGCAGUGGUUAUAAGUGUCAAAGAUGGGACGUAACGUGUCCUCAAAGCACCAGCGGCUACGAUGAUAAUGAAUUUCCCGACGGGAGUAAGACAGCAGCAGCAAACUAUUGCAGAAACCCGGCCUUGCUAGACGACCACCCGUGGUGUUUUAUAGAUGACCCAAGGACUUCUAAAGCUUGGCAAGUCUGUAACAUCCCUUAUUGCACAAAAGGGACCGAAUGUACAGUUUCUGCUAACGGCGCCGAAUAUCUUGGGAAGCAAGCGAUAGCAUUCGAAGGCGCUGACCAAUUCACGUGCCAAAGAUGGGAUAGUCAGACACCUAAUUCACACUGGAAUAACAUAGCAGGCGGCGUCGAUUUCAACGAAAAUACAGUGAAAGAAGUUGAAAACUAUUGUCGAAACUAUGGUGCAGAUGAGAAUAAUCUGUGGUGUUACGUUAUUAGUGGUGGUAGAAAUAAGUUUUGUAAACCGGCUCCUAUCUGCGUCAACAAAGGUAUCUGCUCCAACCCACCGACAGUUGAAAAUGCGAUCCAGCUCACCCCGACAGUGGCUGGCCCCUACGACCAUAGGGCCACUGCAACAUACAAAUGCAAUACUGGCUACGUGUUCGCUGACCAGUACGAUGGCGUUGAGUGUCUCUUGACCGGGAAAUGGACAGAAAAGCCAACGUGUAACAAGGUGAAGUGUCCUAAACUGCAAGCCGUUUUAAGAGCUACUGUCGUUGUGACAGGGACUGCCGAUUCGUAUGGUACCACAGUGACCUACACCUGUUGGAAGGGCUACAACCUUACCAGUGGUGAUCUGACCAGGGAGUGCCAAAGCGAUAAGAAGUGGAGCGGCACUGCUCCGAUGUGCACACAAAUUGUCGCCGGCAAAGCCCCGACUGUGCCCGGUGCGACCGUGGAAUUUACCACUUCAACCAUCUUAGGCGGCGUAGCGCGGUACAAAUGCGACAAAGAUCAGCGCACCUAUGAUAAGACAGUCAAUAAGAACGGACAGUGGGAAGGCGAUGUUUGCUCGGGCACGCCGGUCGCUGCUAGUACAACGAGCACAACGGAAACAACAGGAACAACGGGAGCAACGAGCUCCUGUCCGCCGGGGAACAACACAACAUUUAUCGCAGCACUCUCCGCCAUAACAGCCGCCGCUUUCUUCACCACGUUAGGCCUCUCAAUUGCUGUCUGCAAACUGAAGCAAGCGGCCAAUUCCUCCCACAUUUCCCAGCCAAGUUCAAAGUCACCUAAUGCCACGAAGCCAAAUUUGAAGUCUCCUCCAAAACUUCGAAAUAAUGCGGUUGGACAGUCGCCAGCGCAGACGCGGGCAGCAAGACCAGCGUCAUAUCACAAUUACUAUCGCGAUGGAUAUUGAUGAAGGGAUUUAUAUAGAGACUAUUUCAAAAUAUAUCAAAGCGAAAAACAUUCUGCCUCCUAAAGUUCGCAUGGAGUUAUCACAACUGAAGCUCCAUUUCACUUCAUCAGCAGCCAUCGAUCAUAAAAUGAAUGUUGAUGCCGAAUGUUGUAGUAAUUUUCGUUUUUGAAUAGGAGAAAUGGUUUUAUUUUUUUGCAUUUUUGUUCUCGAGAUGGCCACUCAAUCAUUGUCAGUCCGAAUAUGGUCAGUGAAUGUGCAACCUGGAUUCGAAUUUGACUCCAGAUUUUUUUAUGGAUUUCGAUUGGCUGUGAAAGAAAUUGAUAUGGUCAUGCAGAUACUUUUCGUAUCAGAGAUUUGUAAAGUAUUUAUUCGAUAUCUCAUUCAAAUGCUGAGAUAUCUACACUCAGCUGAAAAAAAAAUGUGUACUGCUGAUCAAGAGAAAAGACGACGAACGGCGUUACCGAUUACGGGGCAGGGCAUAAAUGUACGAAGCUAUUCAGCCUGCAAGUUUGUAACAGGCAUAUACACGUACAUAAUUAUGUACAUUGCCUUUCUGUAUUGGGUUAGGAACAACCUCUGAGGGCAGAGUUGGGCGCAGGUUUGUGGUUCAUGGUAUUGUGAUUUGGUAUUUAUGCCCUAGAAAAUUCAGCAAUGUGUUCAUCAUUGAUAAAGCUUUAAGUGAAAUAUUUUCAUCGCAGAUAUUUCAGGAAUUCGUCAUUAGAUAUUUCAGCAAUGCGUUCGUCAUUGCUAAAGCUUUAAGUAAAUCAUUUCGUCCAAGCUAUUUCAGCAAUAAAAAAUGCGUUCGCCAUUGCUAAAGCUUUAAGUAAAUUGUUUUGUCGUAGAUUUUUCAGCAAUGCUUUCUUCACUGCUAAAGCUCUGGUAAAUUAUUUUGUCCUAGAUAUUUCAGCAAUGCUUUCGUCAUUGCUAAAGCUUUCAGUAAAUCAUUUCGUCCAAGAUAUUUCAGCAAUAAAAAAUGCGUUCGUCAUUGCUAAAGCUUUAAGUAAAUUAUUUUGUCGUAGAUAUUUCAGCAAUGCUUUCUUCACUGCUAAAGCUUUAGGUAAAUUAUUUUGUCCUAGAUAUUUCAGCAAUGCUUUCGUCAUUGCUAAAGCUUUCAGUAAAUUAUUUUGUCGUAGAUAUUUCAGCAUUGCGUUCGUCAUUGUUAAAGCUUUAAGUAAGAGAUAUCACGCCUCCCCGGCCUGGUGUUGAGUGACCUAAAGUAAUGUAUCAGGUGUAGUGACAGCGUAGAAGGAUGAUUCAUUCUCGACGCGUGUUACGUGUAAUUGUAUGUACAUGUAUAAGUGAAUGUUAAUUUUCAAAUUCACUCGUACACUUUUGUCUCCAUUUUGUAUAUUUUACAUCAAUUAAACAUAAUAGUUUUACAAACAGUU